ACAGCCCAUUCAGUCAUGCAUUCCAAACGGAGAUUGUUGGUGCUCAUCGUGGGUUUACUAGUAGUAGUACUCCUAGUGCAGGCGAAGUCGCAUCCGCAGGCAGAUCCCUGCCAGAAUUUCUAUGGGGUGGCGUGCGGCAACUGGUCCGCCAUUCAUGCGAGCGAUGCGUACCAGAGUUUUCUGGGCCAGCUGGACUACAACUACCAGGCCAAGUUGGCCGACCUGCUGGAUGCUGAGUACUUUGCAAAAGGAGGGCACGAUGAGCCGCACUCUGUGCAGCAGCUGCGCUACUUCUACACCGCCUGCCGACGACCUUUGACCCAGGAUCAGGUGCUGCGCAGCCUGGAGCAGCUGAUCGCAUUGGAGCACAUCCAGUUUGAGGAGAUGACCGUGGGCCUGACCGCCGCCUUUCGCCUGCAAGUGCUCGCAAGUAUAAACCACUACAACAAGUAUGAUAUAUUUAAGCAGCUGCUGGCCCGCCGGGAGCAUUGGCAUCCAAAUACGACGAACAGGGAGCCCCUAACUCGCCAGCAGUUCGAUGAGUUAUGGGUGAGGAUGCCGAAGAUACCCUUUCCGGAAAAGGAGGACUUCUGGCACCAGGUGAGCCGGCUGGAAGCCGAACUCACGAGCAUUGGGAUCGAGAACGAUGAAACUGCGCGCGAUGAGCUGGUUAGCUGGAUACCUAGCUUUUGGAUGCUGCCCUGGCCAAAGCUCACCUACAGAAAUCUCCACCGGGUGACCCGUUUGCUGGCGCUAAGAACGCCCCAGUUCAUGCUUACAUAUAUCUAUCUGCGACUGCAGCUACCUCCAGAGGGAGGUGUCUCGAAGGACACCUGGCUGAUGGACCGCGACCAGUGCGCCGAGCAGUCGAGACAGAUCCUCAGCCAUGCCGCUGUGUGGUUGAUGGAGCAGCAUCAUCCCAGGCUGAAGGAGGAGCCGCUGCUGCAGGACAUCUUCGAGGAGCUGAAGCAGCGCUUUGGCCAGAAGCUGCGGGCGAACAGGAACAACUUCACACGUCGCACGCAGCAGUUCCUUGUGCGCAAACUGAAGCGGAUGCGGCUGCGACUGAGCAUCCUGCCCAGAAACGCGUCGGCAACGACCGUGGGACAGCUCAUCGAUGGGCACUACAGGCACGUGCACAUGAAUGCCAGUGACUACUUUGGCAAUCUGUACAUCGGCCUCAAUCACUCCAGUCCGCAAAUGCACGAGUACGGCACCUUUGCCUCGCCGUUCUACAUCACCGAGAAGAAUAUGCUGAUUGUGCCACUUUCGCUGCUCGAACCGCCGCUCUACGCACACGAUCAGCCGCCCAUACUGACCUACAGUUCCCUGGGCUUCAUCCUGGGCCACGAGCUCUCCCACGGCUUCGAUUCCGAGGGCGUGACCUUCUCCGCCGACGGAGUGGCGAGUCGCGCCGUGGACAGGGAGACCGCACGCAAUCCGCGCUUUCAGCACGAGCUCAGCUGCCUGGACAGGAGAUUCGGGAGCCGAAGGUAUGAGAAGUUCGCGGACGCCAGUGGCCUGGAACUGGCCUACUCCGCCUACUUUGACACCGCGCAAACGGAUCGCAAACGGCAUCGAAGUACCGACAAUUUGCUGUCGCAGCAGCAGCAGUUCUUCCACAACUUCGCCCAGUUCUUCUGCUCCGAUGGCGAGUUCUCGGAGGAGAGCGAUCAUGGCAGCGACAGGAAGAGGGUCAACGAUGCCGUUGCCCACUUCAAACCCUUUCGGGAGGCCUUCUCCUGUGGCACCUCGCACAAGCGAAGGCGGCAAUGUCGACUGUUUUAACAGAUUCCUGGGUCAACGAACUCAUCAUCAUCACAAGCGAGUGAUAAAUAAACUAGAACUUUUUCCCCUAAAAUACUUACGCGUGUUUACUCAAUGCAAACGCAGCUGUGUGACAUUUAAUUAGUUUAUUUAUUCAUUAUUGGAUCCGC